UCCUCAGACUGACGAACCGCGGCGGUGGCUGCAGAGCCACAGGAUUCUGGACCAUGAGUACAGGCGAAACCUUCAAGACCAGCGAGACUUUCUAGGCUCAGCCCGACCAUAGGACCCUGAUCUUCUCCAGGGAAAUGUCCCGCACCAUGAACACCAACAAGCCGGAAGAGAAUAGUACUGAAGGAGAUGCAGGGAAACUCGAGUGGAAACCCAAGGUCAAAGAUGAGUUCAAAGACAUUUCCAUAUACUUCUCCAAAGAAGAAUGGGCAGAGAUGGGAGAGUGGGAGAAAAUUCGCUAUAGAAAUGUGAAAAGGAACUAUAAAAUGCUGAUUUCUAUAGGUCUCAGAGCCCCUAGACCAGCUUUCAUGUGUUACCAAAGGCAGGCAAUCAAGCCCCAGAUAAAUGACAAUGAGGAUUCUGAUGAGGAGUGGACACCAAAGCAGCAAGUCAGUUCUCCUUGGGUGCCUUUCCGGGUGAAGCACAAUAAACAACAGAAGGUAAGUGAUUUCCAAAGCCUACAGACAAGAAAACCUUCCUCAUGGAUCCAACCACAGGAAACACCCAGAAUGCCAUUAAGUGAUAAAUCUAAUGUGAAGGAAGUAUCUGGAAUAGAAAAUUUGCUGAACACAAGUGGCUCAGAACAUGCCCAGAAACCAGUGUCCUCCCCUGAAGAAGGGAAUACCUCCGGACAGCACUUUGGAAAAAAAUUGAAACUCAGGAGAAAGAAUGUUGAAGUGAAUAGGUACAGGCUGCGAGAGAGAAAGGACCUUGCAUAUGAAGAGGUCAGCGAGCCCCAGGAUGAUGACUACCUCUAUUGUGAGAAGUGCCAGAAUUUCUUCAUCGACAGUUGUCCCAACCAUGGGCCUCCUGUAUUUGUAAAAGACAGUGUGGUGGACAGGGGGCAUCCCAACCACUCAGUCCUCAGUCUGCCCCCUGGGCUGAGAAUUGGUCCAUCAGGCAUCCCUGAAGCUGGACUUGGAGUAUGGAAUGAAGCAUCUGAUCUACCAGUGGGUCUGCACUUUGGUCCCUAUAAGGGCCAGAUUACAGAGGAUGAAGAGGCAGCCAACAGUGGAUACUCCUGGCUGAUCACCAAGGGAAGAAACUGCUAUGAGUAUGUGGAUGGGCAGGAUGAGUCCCAAGCCAACUGGAUGAGGUAUGUGAACUGUGCCCGGGACGACGAAGAGCAGAACCUGGUGGCCUUUCAAUAUCACAGGAAAAUCUUCUAUCGGACCUGCCGGGUCAUCAGGCCAGGUUGCGAGCUUCUGGUCUGGUAUGGGGAUGAGUAUGGCCAAGAGCUGGGCAUCAAGUGGGGAAGCAAGAUGAAGAAAGGAUUCACAGCAGGAAGAGGUGGGUACUACUAUGAUUCCCUAAAAGAGAAAGAGAAGAUGGAUUUCUCCUUGAGAAUUUUCAUUUUCUAACUACUUUUUAAAACAUGAUUUAUGGUAAAUUAAAAAUGUUUAAAUUCAUUAGGGAAAAUGAAAAUGACAAACAGUUCUAUAGGACU